GAGACAAGUGACACAUCCAGCCUGGAAGACGGGCCUGAAAACAAAAGGGUCUCCUUUCGACCAUGCAAAACGAAUCGGAGCGGUCUUAGGGGAGACAAUACUGGAAGGGCCGAUUUUCCUCAGUGGAAACGCCGGGCUGGGGAGGGACCCAGCUGGCCUGCUGGCCACAUUCCUUCAGCGCUCGGCGGCGCCCUCCUGGGAGCAGGGCAGAGCCGCGAGGGCCGGCGCGAGCCUGCAGUUCCGCCCUCUGGAGCCUGGGGGCAGUACUGCCUCGCUUGUUCAACGCCGGCGGCCCCCGCGCCCCUCUUGGCGGCGGUCAGGUGGAGGCCGGCUAGCGGCGCCCUCGCUCAUUGGUUGCGGCGCGGCGCUGCCAUGUUGGCGGAAGGGGAGUCUCCUGUGCGGUGGAAACUGGCGGUGGCCGCGGCCGCUGGGUCGGUCUGCUCAGCCUCUGGUGUUUUCUUCUAGCUUGGAUCUCUACACAGAGAGGCGGCGGCCGGCGGGAUGGAGAAAAGUAGGAUGAACCUGCCCAAAGGGCCGGACACGCUCUGCUUCGACAAGGACGAGUUCAUGAAGGAAGCGGGUCCAACUGGAAGAGUUGAGAGACGACCUGGAGCUCUACUACAGGCUGCUCAAAACAGCCAUGGUUGAGCUCAUCAACAAGGACUACGCGGACUUUGUCAACCUUUCAACAAACUUGGUUGGCAUGGACAAAGCCCUCAACCAGCUUUCUGUGCCUUUGGGACAGCUACGAGAAGAGGUUCUGAGUCUUAGAUCAUCUGUCAGUGAAGGAAUUCGGACAGUAGAUGAACGAAUGUCUAAACAAGAAGACAUUAGGAAUAAAAAGAUGUGUGUGUUGAGGCUUAUACAAGUUAUUCGAUCAGUUGAGAAAAUUGAAAAAAUCUUAAAUUCUCAAAGUUCUAAAGAAACAUCUUUGCUAGAAGCGAGCAGCCCACUUUCAACUGGACAAAUUUUGGAGAGAAUUGCCACAGAGUUUAAUCAGUUACAAUUUCAUGCUGUUCAGAGCAAAGGCAUGCCUCUUUUGGACAAAGUAAGACCACGCAUAGCUGCCAUCACAGCUAUGUUGCAGCAGUCCUUGGAGAGUCUCCUGCUAGAAGGCUUUCAGACGUCCAACAUCGACAUCGUACGACACUGCCUGUGGACUUACGCCACAAUUGACAAGACACGGGAUGCGGAGGCCUUAGUUGGUCAAGUACUAGUGAAGCCAUACAUAGAGGAGGUGAUUGCAGAGCACUCUUCUGGGUCUCAUCCCACUGGCCUUCAGAUCAUGUACAAUAAACUCCUGGAGUUCGUUCCUCAUCAUUGCCGCCUUCUUCGGGAAGUUACAGGAGGAGCAGUUUCUAGUGAAAAAGUCAAUACUGUUCCUGGAUAUGACUUUUUGGUGAAUUCUGUCUGGCCAGCAAUAGUGCAAGGAUUAGAAGAAAAGUUGCCCUCACUUUUUAACCCUGGGAAUCCUGACACAUUUCAUGAGAAAUAUAUCAUAAGUAUGGAUUUCCUAAGAAGAUUUGAACAGCAAUGUGGAUCACAGGCCAGUAUAAAGAGAUUAAGAGCUCAUCCUGCCUACCAUAGCUUCAAUAAUAAGUGGAACUUGCCUGUUUAUUUUCAAAUAAGAUUUAGAGAAAUAGCAGGAUCCUUAGAAGCAGCACUUACAGACGUACUGGAAGACGCCCCAGCUGAAAGUCCAUAUUGCCUUUUGGCUUCUCAUAGAACAUGGAGCAGCCUCAGGCGGUGCUGGUCAGACGAGAUGUUUCUGCCCCUGCUGGUGCAUCGUCUGUGGAGACUCUCUCUGCAGAUUUUGGCGCGCUACUGCGUGUUUGUCAACCAGCUUUCACUCAGGCCCAUUUCUAAUGAAAGUGCCAAGGAGAUCAAAAAACCUUUGGUAGCUGGUAGCAAAGAACCUUCCCUUGCCCACGGAAGUACUGAAGACCAAGGAGGCAGUCCUCCAGAAACAAAACCUGUGGUCUGUAUCUCCAGUGCUCAGCUUGUGUGUGUGGUUGCAGACCUGGACAGGCUUCAGGAGCAGCUUCCAGAACUCUUGGAAACAAUCAAGCCAAAACUUGAAAUGAUUGGCUUUAAGAAUUUUUCUUCUAUCUCAGAAGCCCUCAAGGAUUCCCAGUAUUCCUUGUCAGCUUCUAUGCCUUCCUUGAGCAGCAAGAUUGUUAAAGAUUUAAGUGACUCUUGCUUCAGCUACCUGAAAAGUGUCCUGGAGGUUCCCAGGCUUUACCGAAGAACCAAUAAGGAGGUCCCAACUACAGCUUCCUCUUAUGUGGACAGUGCUGUGAAGCCAUUUUACCAGCUUCAGAGCAAACACAAGGACAAGCUCAAACAAGCAAUAAUUCAGCAGUGGUUAGAAGGUGCUCUCUCUGAGAGCACUCACAGGUACUAUGAAACCGUGUCAGAUGUACUGAACUCUGUGAAGAAAAUGGAAGAGAGCCUGAAACGCCUAAAACAGGCCCGAAAAACCACUCCCACUAACCCUGUUGGUCCCAGCGGUGGCAUGAGUGAUGACAACAAAAUCAGGCUGCAGCUGGCCUUAGACGUGGAAUACUUAGGAGAGCAGAUACAAAAGAUGGGCCUACACACAAGCAACAUAAAGAGCUUCCCAGCUCUCACAGAGCUUGUUGCUGCUGCCAAGGACCAGGCAAUGGCAGAGCAGCCUUAGGCAUCUUGGAAGGUCCCAGGGGAGAGGAAAGUUUGGCUUCAAGCCAGAAAAGAAGAAAGUGGUUCUGUUCUUUCAGCAAGCCUCCAUGGCAAAGAAGAAAGUGGUUCUGUACUUUCAGCAAGUCUCCAUGGCAAAGAAGUACUUCCAGCAUCGUCACUCUGGCAACACGCCCUGCAUCUUUUCUCAGCAUAUUUGGGUCUUCUUUCACCCAAAAAGAACACAAAAGCCUUUUCCAUUGUAUGGAAGAUAGUUUUUAAACCUUUGAAACUUUCUACUAUAGUUUACAGAACAGAUUGUUUUAUUUUUAUUGUAAAUCUUGGUGUAGGAGAGCCAAUUUCUAAAAUAUGAUUAAAGCAAAUAUAUAUGUCUAAGUAUAAAAGGUUGUCUCCCUGCGGCUGCGUUGGGAGUGACGACUAUAGUGGAGUGGCUGUGUGAUGUGCAAAUGCCCUUCUCUGAAAUGGCCAGAACUGUGUCCACUUCUGGGCUUUCUGGAAGAGGCUAUCAGGUGGCAGUCCUCCACUUUCAGUCUGUCCUGCUUCUCACCCAGGCCUCUCUCAGGAGCUAGAACCAGCAGGAAAGACUUACUUCUGAAUAAAAGAAGUGUCUGCUGA